GAGGGGUUGUGCUUUGUUGCCCUUCCUGCAAUCGAACGUCUUCCACUAAAAAGAUCCAUUUGUGAAGGGAAAAAAAAGGACCAGAACAGACUUAACAAACUGUUAAAUAUCAAUUCCUCCAUAUCUAUCUGUCAAAAGUAAGAGCUGGGUCAAGUGGCAUUUGGGAUCCUUUUAGUUUGUAGGGUUUCUUGACUAUUUUUCAAUGGCCUUGGCCUAUCAUCUGUUCACAUGGUCUCUCAGACUUUCAGAGACCCUACUAUUUUGCAUAGACUGAGAGGGGGAGUCAAGAGGGUGCGCAGUUGUACAAGGAGGCUGGUAUUCUUCUAGAAAUCCUGCUGAUAUUCCUGAGGGCAUAAAUAUGAAAUACAAUUUUAUCUAUUUGGACAAAUACACUUCAGUUUAAUCUCCUGUGCUCGUGGUUUUAUGCCCAAAAAAUAUACUACAGGACCCGAGUGAAAAAUCAUAUUACCAAUAUUGUUUCUCAUUUAGGGCAUGUAACAGGUGUGGUUGCUCAUCUAUGUGCCACUUACCCCAUGUCUCCAUACCGUGUGGUAAUGUACAGUUUGUUGCCUUAUCUGCACUGGGGUUCUGUGUUCUGAUGGGCCCACAGUGCCUCCCUCUGGCCGUGAUAAAGUAUCACACCCCUUUGCUUUUUCCAUACAGGGAAUGUCUUGAAAGCACAAACCUUUAAUUAUCGUAGCUGAGACCCCAGCCCUUAGAGUGUAGUUGUUACGUGGAAAAUGUUACUGUAGGUGCUAUAGAUUAUACUGCGUACAGUAAAAAAUGAAGAUGUGGUUUGUUGUUUUAGAAGGUGAAAUAUUCAGGACCGGAUAUAGCUAAUGCCUUUUUAGACUAACAAAUGUGAAUGGAGGAACCUUUUAGUCCAGAGGAACUAUAGGUGGCAGAUAGGAGCUCUUUUUAUCCAUUUAAUGUUUAGGUGAUGUCAGGGAAAUUAAACCUACUUACAAGUUUGAAAAAAUAACCACAGUUGUUUGACUGACAUAAUUAACUUUUCUUUUUAGACUAUGACUAACAAAAAGUCUCUUCACCGCAGAAGUCAGUGGAUUCAAAUAUCCAAAUCUGAUAAAAGGACAUAUUUGCUUUUGUCAAAAAAAUGAAGGCAACAAAACGUUGAUGUAAAUAUAUUCACCCAAGUUGAGAGGCUUUUUCUGUCUGUCAUUCUGUUCUUACUAAUACUGAAUGUUGACUUACAAGCGACAAAAUGUACAUUAAAUUAAAAAAAAUGGACUGCAAUGCCACUACCUGUUUGUCACACGGAAACCUAAACAGAUCUUUGCACUUACUUAAAAAGAAAUAAAUCGUUAUUGCAGCUUGCAAGAGCAUGACAUUCAAAAAAGGGUGUUUGCCAAAUUCUUUUUAGAUGAACCUAACAAACUCAGAAGUCUUAAAGUGCGUCUACUUAUUACGUGAAUGGUAUUGUAAUUUAAAACAAAACAAAACAAAAAAAAAAAACCAUAAUGGAAUAUGCAAGCUUGACAAAAUGCAGAUUCUUUUAUAUGAUUUUGUUUGAAGCAUAUUGAAUGUUACUCUCAAAAUAUACUGUAAAUCUAAUCAUUUGAGUAUCAAAAUAAAUGUGUAAAAGUAUGAUUGUAACAAGUGUUUUAUCAUUCAUUGGAAAAUUUCUUAUACUUCCUUAACAAAGGCCAUAGGGAUUGUAAAGCUGCACCAAUCAAUAUUUUUAUGUUGAUGCGAGUAUGUUAAUGUGAAAGAGGUCACUCAUCAUAACAAAAUCCACAGUACAUUAAAACGAUGGCAGGCCCUCUCAGUUCUAUUGAGCAUUUUGGUGUCUUUCAGCAUUUGUUUUGGUUUUAUGGACAGCAGCUUUACUAUUUGGGUUCAGUUUUGCUGCUGUUUUUAGCCCAAAAGAAAAAAAAAGCCACUGUACACUGCCUGCCCAGCAUUUAUCAAUACACACAAUAUGAUGUCACCAUUUCAUAUGCUGGGGCUACUAAGAUGGCCCUGUCCCCUCUGAAAUCAACCCCAGUCCGACUUAACCACCACAAUACUACUUUAUACACAAUCAUCACAUGUGUGUGUCUAUAUUACAGAGUUACAUAAUUUGUCUUUCUCCAAUGAAAUGGCGCACUCCAGUACAAAACAGUUGAUACCCUGCCAACUCAGCAGGCUUCGUAUCUACAUUGUAUGUGUUCAGCUGUGACGAACCACUCCAUCAGAAUGUCAGAGUCUCCUGCAAAGCAUCAUACACCUUUAGACUUUGAACUCUUACCAGAUGACCUUGUUUUUCUAACUGAACAAGAAAAGGUCCUUCAACUCCUGAGGAAUAUGUCAGUGAGCAUACUGUAGUACUGGACUUUGGUGACUGAACAGUCAGAGAACAACUCACAGAGAGUGAAAUGGGCAUGUCCCUCCAUUUUCUGUGGAAACGCAACCCAUCUCUCCCAGCAAGUCACAUCCAACCUGUGGCUGUAAAUGGGAGGAGCGACAGAGACAGAGAGAGGGGCAGAAUGAGAAAACGCGGCGUCAGAGUGACAGACAGAAACACAGAAAAAGCACAGCAUGUUAAGUUUUGGUAGAUAUAAAUACUACUGCAUCAGACAGCGUCAACAUUUUCCUCUGAAGUAAAGAAAUGAGUAUCUUUCAAAUUCCAUCAAUCCAUCUCUCCACACAAUUCCAAGUCCCAGUCCCCCCAACAGAAACACAUCCCAUAAUACAGUGUAUUAUUAACAACAAUCUCAAGAAGCUCAAAAAAAUACUUAAGGACAACAACGUUAAUGACGUUUACCCAUGCCAAGAGAGGAAUGAUUACAUAACCCCACUGACUGCUGCUGUUGUAAGUCACAACAGAGAUAUUUUUACUUUCCUUUUGCAACAAGGUGCAGACCCAAACAAGGCUUCCCAAAAUAACUUUACACCUUUGCAUUAUGUCUCAAUAUCCAAAGCACCACUCCUUUUUGUGGAGAAACUGCUUGAAGCAAAAGCUAAUCCAAAUGGAUCGAGUGCCAGACAACGAUUCACACCACUGCAAGCUGCUGCCAUCAGUGACAGGGAUGAUGUCAUGAAAGUGCUCAUAUCUGCUGGUGCACCGAUACCACUGUUGCCUGUCACUGAUCCUGAGCACAAUAUUCACAAUGAAAAAAUAUCUCAGAUGGUUCAUAACCUUGCAUCAAAUGGAAAUAGGUUUUGCUCCAAGAUCAGAUAUUUUUUGGAUGUGGCAAUUGCAGUGCGAGGGAAACCGCUCGAAGAAGUGUUCAAAACUUUUCACAGUCACAUGCUGCUCGAGGAUCCCCAGAACCAUCUUGCAAUGAUUGAAGUACUCUUUAAUGUAAAUGGGCUGGAUGCAGAAAAAUACCGGCAGGCAAGUAUCAAAUGGCUGAAGGACACUGGAAACCUGAACUCUUACAUUGCAGGUGCAGUCAGUCGUUUCCCAAAUAUUCCCCAGGAUUAUGUCAUUCACACAGUUUCCAGUUUACAUGCAGUUUUCUGCACAGUGGAAGACAUAACAAAUGAGCAGGCUUUGGCUAUAAUCCCCCAUCUACUGAAACAGCUUGGCUCAAAUAAGAGACAUGAUACAUGUCAACUUGCCCUGCAAACACUAUAUGUGAUAACACAGAAGACAAGAGACACAAAUGGCUGGGAUCCCAACUUUAUUGAUAAAUUAUGCCAAACAGUUGCUCCUUUUAUAAAGGACCAGCACUUCUCUGACGCCAGAGUCUUCACAUACGGCGUAUUUGCAAACUUACUGUCAGUUAAACAUGCGGCCAACAUCUUUCCAUCAGUGGGGAUAACUUCAGUACCUGAGGACAUACUAACAUCUGCAGACAUGAAAAUGAAUGACAAGCUGAAAGAGGUGCUCAGACGACUGAAAGAUCACGUCAGCAAACCAAACUCAGAAUGUGAAGACUCUAAAGCAUCACCUGGAUCCAAGAGAAAGAAGAAAAAGAAGAAGAAAAAGAGGGGAAAGACAGAAAAGCAAGAAGACACGAACAAUGAAGUUUGCACUGCCACAACUGAUCAAACAGCAGCUCCUAUUAUGGACUCAACUUCAAAUCUGCAGCCAUUCCACAUCAGCACCACCAUGUCAUCAAUAAAACACAAAUGGCUACAAAUCAGCAAGAGGUGGAGAGGACAACUGGAAAAACUUCUGAGCACUGAUGACAGUAAAGUCACCAGAGUUGGGAGCAUGAGUUAUGUGAACGAUGCAGAGUUCCGCAUAGCAAAGGGAAGUGAUGGCACUGAAGUUUUCUUGGGGCUGAGAGAUGACGGCACUGAAGUUGCUAUUAAGAGAAUGACUAAAUGCAACUAUCAGGAGCUGAAGAAUGAAGAAGGAUUCCUGCGACUUCCAGAGCUGGAUCAUCCAUCUAUUGUACGAUACAUUGACUUUGCAGAAGAUGAGAACUUUGGAUAUCUUGGUCUUCAACUGUGUGAAUACACCCUGGAAGAAUACAUAAAAAAUAAAUCUGAUUGGCUGCUGAGGAAGAGUCUUGUGUAUCAGGUCCUUGACAGUUUAAAGGUGCUUCAUUGUCAAAGUCCUCCAAUUCUCCACCGGGAUCUCAAACCACAGAAUGUUUUGAUCGAUGUUAACAGGAGGGCAAGAUUAGCUGAUUUUGGCAUAAGUAGACGUUUAGCCAAAGGCCAAACAACUUAUCGCACAGGCAGUGCAGGAACAAGAUGCUGGAUGGCCAAGGAAACUUUGGCAGACGAUGGUGACAUACCUUACAAGUCGAACACUGAUAUACAGGUGGCAGGGAUGCUCACUUAUUAUAUCCUCUCUGGAGGACACCAUCCUUUCGGUGACAAAACUCAUAAAUGUGAGAACAACAUUGAUGAGGGGAAGUACAGUUUGGACCAUGUUCAAGAUGUGGUAGCAAAAGAUCUUAUUGAGGGGAUGAUCCAUGAAGAACCAAAGAACAGACCUAAAGUGGAGGAAUGCUUGAGUCAUCCCUUCUUCUGGACCUCUGAAAGGAAAGUUGAAUACUUGAGAAAGAUUGGAAACAGGAAGGAGGUUGAAAACUGUCGAAAUGCUGACCAGGAACUGAUCUCUUCACUGGAAAAAUGUGCUGAGGAUGGAUCCUUCAAACAGUGGAAAGAUAAGUUUCCACCAGAGUUGCUCCAGAAGAUGGAUGGCAAGAAGAAACCCUAUCCUGCAAACACACUGGGAUUACUGCGCUGCAUACGAAACCUCCAUGAGCACUAUGAGGAAGAUGCAGCCCAAGUUGAUGUGAUGGAGAUGUUUCCUGAUCUCUUUGGAUGUGUUUACAAGUUUGCCAAGACCCGAGGGUGGAAUUCAGAGACACCCUUAAAGCAAAUGUUUCAAAGAGAAGACAUCACCACCAGCUUCACAAAGCUGUCCAUAAGUCCUGAGGAGCAUCUGACUGUCCCAGUUCAAGAGUCUCUUCCCAGUGACUUGAAGUUAAGUUGAAAUCAGAAAGGAAAUCCACAGUUGCCACUAAUGACCUUAACAAUGGCUACUUUCUAUUCAAGUGUCCCACUUAAGUGAUGUGCGUGAACCAUCAUGAACUACACCAGGAUGCUGAAACUGAGGCAGCUAAAUGGAACUCAACCAUCAUUCAUUUUGUUAUUUACAUCUGUGUUUUCUUCUACUGUGACGUGUCAACACGACCUAUGUGAAAUAAGAAUGCAAGGUUGGCAUGUGUAUUGUACAUAAAUGCUCACAGUAAUAGUAAGUUUGUUAAGUUUUGGUUUCUGGUUGGACCCCAAAGCAGAGAUGGAUUUCAUUUUCGUUUCUUGAGCUGGUCUUGACUGCACUUCAAAUAGGGGCACGAGCUCACCUGGGAGAGCAGGCGCCUCAUGUACAAAGGCUGUGUCCUUGCCACAGCAGCAACAUGCCAUGAUACUGGUUUCUCUGAGGCAACCAAAUGAACGUCUUUCAAAUUCCACCUGCCCAUUAUGCAGAAUUCCAAGUCCCAGUCCCCCCAAAAGUAACACAUCCCAUAAUACAAUGUAUUAUUAACAACAACCCCAAGAGGCUCAAAAAAUUACUUAAGAACAACAACAUUAAUGGAUUUUACCCAUGCAGAGAGUGGAGUGACUAUAUCACCCCACUGAUUGCUGCUGUUGUAUGUCACAACGAAGAUAUAUUUACUUUCCUUUUGCGUCAAGGUGCGGACCCAAACAAGGCUUCCGAAAAGGACUUCACACCUUUGCAUUAUGUCUCACUAUCCAAAGCACCACUCCUUUUUGUGGAGAAACUGCUUGAAGCAAAAGCUGAUGCAGAUGGAUCGAAUCUGAAUGGACCCUAUCCAUUUGGAUUCUCAACAAAUGCAUGGGAUCCAUGGGAUUUAUUGGAACAAGAUACACAGCUAUUUACGCCACUGGAAACUGCUAUCAUCAAUGACAGGGAUGAUAUUGUGAAAGUGCUCAUAUCUGCUGGUGCAUCGAUAAAAUUGUUGCCUGUCGCUGACCCUGAACGGAAUAUUCACAAUGAAAAAAUAUCUCCGAUAGUUCAUAACCUUGCAUCGAAUGGAGAUCAAUUUUGCUCCAAGAUCAGAUAUUUUUUGGAUAUGGUCAUUGCAGUGCGACGGGGACCACCUGAAGUAGUAUUUGAAACUUUUCACAGUCACAUGCUGCUGGAAGAUCCUCAGACCCAUCUGACCAUGAUUGAAAUACUUUUUAAUCUAACUGGGCCAGAUGAAGAAAAAUACUGCCAGGGAUGUGUUAAAUGGCUGAAGGACACUGGAAAUCUGAACUUCUACAUUGCAGGUGCAGUCAGUCGUUUUCCAAACAUUGACCAGGAUCAUGUAUGUAGGGCAAUUGUCAGUUUAUAUGCAGUAUUCUGCACAAUGGAAGACAUACCAAAUGAGCAGGCUUUGGCUAUAAUCCCCCAUCUACUGAAACAGCUUGGCUCAAAAAAGAGACGAGAUACAUGUCAACUUGCUCUGCAAACACUAUAUGUGAUAACACAGAAGACAAAAGACACAAAUGGCUGGGAUCCCAACUUUGUUGAGAAGUUAUGCCAAACAGUUGCUCCUUUUAUAAAGGACCAGCACUCCUCUGACACCAGAGUCUUCACAUACGGCGUAUUUGCAAACUUACUUUCAGUUAAACAUGCAGCCAAGAUCUUUACAUCAGUGGGGAUAACUUCAGUACCUGAGGACAUACUGACAACUGCAGACAUGAAAAUGAACGACAAGCUGAAAGAAGUGUUCAGACGACUGAAUGAUCAUUUCAGCCAGCCAAAAUGUGAAGACUCUGAAGCAUCACCUGGAUCCAAGAGAAAGACGGAAAAGUCAGAAAAGCAAGAAAAACCAAUCAAUGAAGUUUACACUGCCACAACUGAUCAAACAGCAACUGCUGUCAAGGGGCCAACCAUGUCAUCCAUAAAACACAAAUGGGAAGAAAUCAGCAAGAGGUGGAGAGGACAACUGGAAAAACUUCUGAGCACUGAUGACAGUAGAGUCACCAGAGUUGGCAGCAUGAGUUAUGUGAACGAUGCAGAGCUCUGCAUAGCGAAGGGAAGUGAUGGCACUGAAGUUUUCUUUGGGCUGAGAGAUGACGGCACUGAAGUUGCUAUUAAGAAAAUGACUAAAUGCAACUAUCAGGAGCUGAAGAAUGAAGAAGGAUUCCUGCGACUUCCAGAGCUGGAUCAUCCAUCUAUUGUACGAUACAUUGAUUUUGCAGAGGAUGAGAACUUUGGAUAUCUUGGUCUUCAACUGUGUGAAUACACCCUGGAAGAAUACAUAAAAAAAAAAUAUGAUUGGCUGCUGAAGAAGAGUCUUGUGUAUCAGGUCCUUGACAGUUUAAAGGUGCUUCAUUGUCAAAGUCCUCCAAUUCUCCACCGGGACCUCAAACCACAGAAUGUUUUGAUCGACGUUAACGGGAGGGCAAGAUUAGCUGAUUUUGGCAUCAGCAGACGUUUAGCCAAAGGCCAAACAACUUAUCGCACAGGCAGUGCAGGAACAAGAUGCUGGAUGGCCAAGGAAACUUUGGCAGACGAUGGUGACAUACCUUACAAGUCGAACACUGAUAUACAGGUGGCAGGGAUGCUCACUUAUUAUAUCCUCUCUGGAGGACACCAUCCUUUUGGUGACAAAUCUCAUGAAUGCGAGAACAACAUUGAUGAGGGGAAGUACAGUUUGGACCAUGUUCAAGAUGUGGUAGCAAAAGAUCUCGUUGAGGGGAUGAUCCAUGAAGAACCAAAGAACAGACCUAAAGUGGAAGAAUGCUUGAGUCAUCCCUUCUUCUGGACCUCUGAAAGGAAAGUUGAAUACUUGAGAAAGGUUGGAGACAGGAAGGAGGUUGAAAACUGUCGAAAUGCUGACCAGGAACUGAUCUCUUCACUGGAAAAAUGUGCUGAGGAUGGAUCCUUCAAAAAGUGGAAAGAUCAGUUUCCAUCAGAGUUGGUCCAGAAAUUGGAUGGCAAGAAGAAGGCCUACCCUGAAAACACAUUGGGAUUACUGCGCUUCAUACGAAACCUCCAUGAGCACUAUGAGGAAGAUGCAGCCCAAGUUGAUGUGAUGAAGAUGUUUCCUGAUCUCUUUGGAUGUGUUUACAAGUUUGCCAAGACCCGAGGAUGGAAUUCAGAGACACCCUUAAAGCAACUGUUUCAAAGAGAAGACAUCACCACCAGCUUCACAAAGCUAUCCAUAAGUCCUGAGGAACAUCUGGCUGUCCCAGUUCAAGAGUCUCUUCCCAGUGACUUGAAGUUAAGUUGAAAUCAAAAAAGAUCAAGGACUUCAAAAUGACUUUAGAGUCUUAUUAACAGUCAAAGCUUUGUAUUAACAACAAGCAGUUCUGAUGUCAUAUUUUCCUGUUUGACAGUUACAGUGUAUCGCCCAUAUGUCAAGGUUUUAGCAGCACAGGACAACAAGACUGCACAAAAAAAAACAAGUGCCAUGGGCCUUUUUCACACCUGACAUUAUCAGUCUCAUAAAAGGAAAAGCACAGUUGUAACAAAUAACAUUAACAAAGGCUGCCCUCUAUUGAAGUGUCCCAGUAAGCCAUGACAAUGUGACCAACACCAGGACCCGGAAACUGAAGCAGCUGAAUGGAACUCAGCCAUCAUUCACUGUAUUAUUUACACCUGUGCUUUUUCUUCUGUGACGUGUCAAAAUGUCUUCUGUGAAAUAAGCCUGUAAGGUUUUGCAUAUCUAUUGUACAUAGUAACUAUUUUCCAAAGGUUAAAAGAUACUGUGCAGUCGUUUAGUUUUAAGGGACUUUCUUUUUACUUUUGACUUAUUUUGAGGAAUUGUUCUUGACCAUUAAUAUCAUUAUUAUCAAUAUUAUUAUGUUUGACUUUUUUUGUUUAGAUUUUACUGCUGAUAUAUUUUACCACUGUAGUUAUGUUUAACAUUUUACAGUUUAAUGUUCUUUUAUUCUUGCAGAUUUCCAUGAUAUUGCUACAUUAUAUUGGGGUGGAAGAAAAGGAAAUUUAAUGAAUUACAGAAUCAUAUUCUAUGUUGAUUUCUUUCACAAAUAACUGCAGGGACAGAUGGUGUUUUGUGUCAUUUUAGUUUCUUGAGAUGUUCUUGACUGUCCCAUUUGCCUUGUUUCAUUGUCUUUCUGUCAUGGCCUCUUAGAAGUGCCAUUGUUUCAGAAAGAUUGUAAAAGGAACAAUGUUGAAUUACAAGCUAAAAGAUGUGUGUAAAACAAGGGCUGCAAUUCCACUCCCUGUUUAUCAAACAAAUCUGAACAGAUUUUUGCACUGACUUCAAUUAAAGAUGCAAAAUGGUCAUGGACUAUACUAGCUUGACAACAUGCAGAUUCUUGUGUAUGAUUUUGCUUUAAGCAUACUGAAUGUUACUCUCAAAGUAUACUGUAAAUCUAAUCAUAAGUAUCAAAAUAAAAUGUGUAAAGGUAUGAUUGUAACAA